AUGAGUUAUAGAGGAAACAGCGGACGUGGUCGCGGCGGCGCCAGAGGCGGAAGACCUGCUUUUCAAGGUCCACCUGAAACAGUGAUAGAGAUGGGCCAAUUUAUACAUGACUGUGAAGGUGACAUUGUUUGUCGUUCAAUUAAUACGAAGAUUCCAUACUUCAAUGCUCCAAUAUUCCUUGAAAAUAAAACACAAAUUGGUAAGGUGGAUGAGAUUUUGGGUCCUUUGAAUGAGGUUUUCUUUACCAUAAAGUGUUCUGAAGGUGUUAAGGCUACUUCCUUUAAAGACGGUGACAAAUUCUACAUUGCUACAGACAAACUGCUACCUAUUGAAAGAUUUUUGCCAAAGCCAAAGGUUGCUGGACCUCCAAAACCAAAAAAGAAGAGAACUCCUGGAUCUCAAGGAGGUUCAAGAGGCGGCUUCGGUGGCCGUGGUGGUUCUAGAGGUGGUUUCGGUGGCCGUGGUGGCUCCAGAGGUGGUUUCAGUGCUCGUGGUGGCUCCAGAGGAGGCUUUGGUGGCUCCAGGGGUGGUUUUGGCGGCCGUGGAGGUUCUAGAGGCGGUUUCGGUAGUCGUGGCGGCUCUAGAGGCGGCCGUGGUGGUAAGAGAUUUUGA